AAUCGAGUCAGACUCACUAGAGCAGUGAUCGAGUGAAGAACUAAUUUCUAGCAAGAAAUUACGAAUACGUGCAUAUUUUUGUGUGCCAUUAUUACUAACUAAAAGUGAAAAAUAGUAGAAAAUUGUUUAAUAAAAUUUCUACCAUGCCUGUGCCAACGGAGGAAGAACACAGUCACAAUAACCACGACUUUUUCGAACAGUUUCCUGAAAACUUUAAGUGGGGAAGCACCUCGUCCGCGACGCAGAUCGAGGGCGCCUGGAAUAUUGAUGGGAGAACGAUGUCCUGGUGGGACUCGAGCAGUCGGAAGGGGUCCACCACGCUGGAUCAGUCCCCACCUGAAGAGGGGGCUGAUUCCUAUAAUAAAUUCACGGAGGAUGUCCUCCUUCUGAAAAAUAUGAAUGCAACUUGUUACAAAUUUUCCUUAAGCUGGUCUCGCCUCCUUCCUGACGGAACGACGCACAAAGUGAACAAGGCUGGCGUCGACUAUUACAGCAAUUUGAUUGACACCCUGCUAAAAAAUGGGAUCGAGCCCAUCAUCGUCCUCUAUCACUGGGACUUUCCCCAAGAACUCUUUGAACGCCACCCGCUCAACUGGAUGGACAAAAAUGUGAUCAAAGCUUUCGGAAACUAUGCCCAAUUCUGUUUCAAGACGUUCGGAAGCCGUGUAAAGAGAUGGAUUGCGAUCCACGAUCCGUGGAAGCACAGCGAGUGUGGCUUCGGCUCGGGGGUUCAUCCCCCAAAUGUGCAAGGAUGGAAGAAAGGAACUCCACUGAAAGUGUUCAAAAAUUUGUUGAAAGCUCACUCCAUCGCUUAUCGAAUCUACAAUAAGGAAUUCCGUAGAAGACAAGGUGGCAGUGUGGGGAUCUCAAUCAAUUCAAAGUGCAUUUCCACGUCAGAAAGACACUUUUGCAAGGAUGAAAUUGCAGUGCCAGAUUUUGCGAGUUGUACUGAGUUGAGAACAAAUUUCAACCCGAACGCGUCGGCCGACUAUGGUUCAAUCUGUUGGGAAGAGAUCAAACAGACUUGCGCAGACUUUGUCGACCUGACGAACGAAGACCUCCACUCUGAACUCACGCUGGCAGAAAUCCGCGGAACCGGAAGUCUCGCCCAGAAGAGGAACAGUCUCCCAAACCUGAACAAUACCCGGGUGGUUCUCAACACGAUUAAGACUGAUCUCAACAACCCUGAAGUGCUCCUUUGUGGGAAGGGGUAUCCCUUGAUUGGGGCAGAAAUCACGAGUCUGGUCGACCUCAAGAGAACCCAGUACUUCAAAGCGCUGAGCAGCGAGAUCCUCAAGGCUGUGAUUCUUGACAAGUGCAACGUCGUCGGGUUUUUGCCAGGCACGCUGAUCGACAGUUGGGAAUGGGAGAACGGAUUCACGAUUUCGUAUGGUCUUCACCAAGUCAAAUUUGAUAACCCGUUGAAGCACAGGAUUCAAAGACUUUCGGCGAAAUAUUUGACUAAGCUGUUUGACAUGCAUGGGUUCUCGAAACAUUGGGAUAUCCAUUCUGUUGAGAUGUUGUAGUUGUAUUGUAGUCACUUUUAAUUACUUGUUCGCCCUGUCACGAUUUAAAUUCCGAUAGUAAUUUAUUAAAUAAAAUGGAAUGCGUUAUAUAUAUA